CCCUGCAGCAAGAACUUCAGUUAUCCACGAGACGGAUGUUAGACGACUUGAUAAGCAAGAUGUCUUACACAAAGGCCGUAUGCCAAACUCGCUGAUGAUAACCACAGACAGGAUAGUUUCAAACAGGGUCACGAUGAAGUCGUUCAGACGGACGUUGAUGCUGAUGGUGCUGUAUCUGACGGUGGCGUCGACCAGGAAGAACGGCUGGGCGCCGCGUUGGAUGGUGAACCUGUUGUGCACGGAGACCUCAGCUCUGACUCAGGUGCCCUGGGACUGCACGGGCUACCUCCACUGUUACACCCAGGGCAUCACGACGUACGGCGUCUGGGUCAACUGUCCCCCAAAUCUCCGGUUCGAUCAGAUAUCGGGCAACUGCCUCCGGUUUUCUCCCGCUUGUGUGGAUAUGGCCAAAAUAGCAAGCAAAUAUUGCCCGUUCUACCCCCAUCUGACGUUUCCCCACCCAGAAAGCUGCGCCAUGUUCUACGACUGUUCCAGGAAAACUCCCAAUGUAACAUACGGACUGAAAAUCUACGAGAACGAAUGUCCCUUCCCAACACUAUUCAGCACAACAUUAGAAACAUGCACGGACAACCUGACCGACAACAAUGUGCGAUGCAACAAUGCCCCAGCCACAAAAUGCGACUACAGAACAGAGUGUGUUAUUGAAUCCCGUGCAUGCGUGCAGGAUGGCUAUGCGCCCACACCUGGCACUGUCUUGUCCGCGGAUUACAUCGAGUGUCAAGCUGGAAAGAUCAAGGCCACUCUCAAGUGCAAAUCAUCUUCCGAAAUUUUUGAUCCGUUACGGAAAUUAUGCACGUCCAAUAUUUCACAGUUAGUGGACGCAUAUUGUGGAGCCAACCCGACCGCCAAGUUUUCAGACCCUGUCAACUGUGCUCGCUACUACGACUGCAGCAAGCAAGUCCACUACACUGGCCUGAACCCGUACCAGUCGGAAUGUCAAUACCUGUACCUGUUUGAGGAGUCCAGUGGCACGUGUAUCUUGUUUUACAUGAUGAAAACACCAUGUGGAAAAAAGCUGGAACCAAAAGCCCCAUGUGACUACAGGAUAGGACAGUGUCUGGGGCGGCAGUAUUGUAUGGCGUGUUCCGCUUCCUGUAUUGGGCAGCCUGAUGGGAAGGUUCAGUAUCCCGGCAUUCCAAGCACGCGCUAUCAUCUCAUUUGCAGAGACGAGAGGACGAUGGACAUUCAAGAAUGCGCAAAGGGCUUUAUUUUCGAUACUAAAAUCCGAGGAUGCUUACCAGAUGUUGACGAAAUACUAACGACGGCAGGGGUAACCACGACAGCAUCAACAACAACCCCGGUGACUACGUCUACAACAGACCCAAAUACCUCGACAGAUGUUACAACUACUGUGGCAGCAACGACUACCACCGCUUCGGCUGGGACAACAUCAACCAGGGCAUCAACGGAUGUUACAUCUACUGUGGUAUCAACGACUACCACGUCUUCGGCUGGGACAGCAUCAACCACAGCAUCAACGGAUGUUACAUCUACUGCUGUAUCAACGACUACCACGGCUUCGGCUGGGACAACAUCAACCACGGCAUCAAUGGAUGUUACAUCUACUGUGGCAUUAACGACUACCACGGCUCCGGCUGGGACAGCAUCAACCACAGCAUCAACGGAUGUUACAUCUACUGUGGCAUCAACGACUACCACGGUUUCGGCUGGGAUAACAUCAACUGUGGCAUCAACGUCUACAACUGCGACCCCAGUCCAGGAUAUUUGUCCCUGUGAGAAUUUUACUUCGUUAUCAGAAAGACUGGAUAACUUGACAUCCAUCACCAGCUCUCUGGCGGAGCAGCUUAAGGCGACAGUGAGGAGUCCAUUUGACUGCGUAGCGCCACCUAUGCCCGUGGGUACUGUAGCUCAGAUCUACUACGAAGGCCCCCUUGCCGUGGCACGAUAUACUUGUGCAGUGAAAGACGAGGUCUUUUGUGCCGGGUCCGGCGUCAGCAGGUGCGCAGGGAGGGACACUUGGUCCCCGGUAUCUAGGUGUGGUCGCGCAAUGUGGCAGAAUGUGACGAACAACUCCAUCACUCUCGACUGCCCUCCCUCGGAUCAAGGCUCACUCUCUUUCACAGUUGAGGGAUUGAAUGAUUUCAGGGUAGAACUAAAAGAAGAUGAGGCCAUCCUCCUAAGCUUCCGGGUAAACUUGACGGAAGGAGUGCUUGUCGUCGUCAACGGUACAGGAAACGCGACGUUAACUGCGUCCCAGAGGUCGUCAGACACCGACUGGAGAAUCAACUUCAACAACGACACGCUUGGGCUCUCCCUGAGUGGAUUCAAGCAGGAUGAUGUUUUCUUCCCGCCAACCAACUUCUCCGGUUUCUGGAUGCUGACGGUCACUGGUGAUGUGGAGCUCAAGGAGGUUCGGCUCACAACGUCUGGGACCCCAGCACCCGUCCCCCGCGGUAAAUCGGGCGUUGAAACGCGCGGCGCCAUCGACUCAGUGAACACUGUCAAUCGGGCUCUAAAUCAACAAGUGUUUGCCAGUGCGUACAUGAACUCUCUCUACAAACUGGAAACAGUGGUUGACGGCAACAACGACAACAACGUGAGCGACAACCACUGCUUCAUGACGGCGGUGAUGGAGCCGUGGGUGAUGGUGGACCUGGGAUCCCUGUAUCACGUGACAGCCGUCAUUUUAACCAGGAGCGACUCAUUCGAAAGUCGACUCCGAAAUAUCGAGAUUGUGGUGUGUACCCAGAACCCGGAAGUGAUCCCCACAGCUGUUGUCAAGUCGUGUGCAUCCAAACCAGGCCAGUUAUCGUAUCAGGAGAGGAUUCAGUGCACAGCGCCUGUCAUCGGGAGGUUCGUCAGAGUGCAGUACAUGGCUGGUGUCCGAGAUAUACUCACUGUCUGCGAAAUUGAGGUGUAUGGAGCCGACGUGACUGGCUGGAACCCCUUCCUGUGUCCUGAUCCCCCUUUACUGGACAAAUCGAUGGUGGAUGUCCACUACUCGCUGACCGCGGCUGUGGCGGUGUACUCCUGCGACGACGGCUACUCCGGCGGUUGUGACGACAACAACCUGCUCUACUGUACCAGUGUCGCGGGCUGGGAGGGCCGGCCCCAGACUUGCAUCAAGGUGGACGCUGGAACAGAGAAGACAGUUGGCCGAGUUGAAAUACCUUGCCCACUUCAGAUUGGUUUUGCACAUGAACUGUGGCUUGAAUCGAGAGAAAGCGGGUCUUAUAUACUGUUCCAGGCGGGAACGGACGUAUUGUUGAUGAUCAAUAUACAGUGGGCCCAAGGAGGGGCUGAAGUUACCUUCCGUAACAGAAUUGAUGGGCGAAUAGCACCGAUAGAGGCGGACGCCCCUGAGUUGUUCAAGAAUGGCACCUUAGCCCACGUGGUGGUGCUGUUCCUCAGUGAUCAUUACCAGUUUCUGGUAGAUAACCACCCACUCAUCGCCGUCCCCCACAUGACGUCAUCGCCGAAUAUUGACCUCAUCGACGGAACGGGAAUGUUUAUCAAGAAAGUAAAGUUGAACCAGGACUGGCGACAGCGGGUUGUUAAAGACAAUUAUGCAAACUAUUCCUUCAACAAGUCAACAUUUGCAACAUCCAACCUCUUGGCUAGUGACGGCGUGGUCGAUGGCAACGUGACGUACACAACACUGUCGUCGACCUGCUGGCAAGCUGCUGCUGCGGAUGAGGCUCCCUACUGGCAGGUGGAUACGGGUGGCUACUACCACAUCAAACGUGUGAUGGUAUCCGCCAGGAGCCGGGACGGGUGCUCUGGGAACUGUGACUCCGGACUGCACGACUUCGCCCUGGACCUGUAUAUGACCAAUCCGUCGUCGGAUCCAGAUGCAAAAGCGAGGCUGUGUCAGUUUUACAAUGGUUAUAUCCGCUUUUCCACCAGUGAAUUCAUCCAAUGUCGCAGGGACACCGUGGGGCGCUAUGUCGUCUUGCGAGCGACGAGAAAAACAAGUGCAAAUGAUCUUUUGACUGUUUGUGAAGUUGAAGUGUGGGGAACAAAGAGUGUCAUGAAAG